AUGUCUCAAAUCUUUAACUUCGCCCUUCUUGGAAGCUUCCUCCUCGGCGCGGAAAAGAUCAACGAAUUCAUGGCUAGUCAAACCUGGCUUUCAAAGACAAACUAUUUCGACUCUUCUGGAAUGUUUUUUACCUUCGCCAUUUCCUUCCCCGUCAUAACUCAUUUGCUCAUUCUUGUGAUUCUAUGGGUGAAAAGAACGGCCGAUCAAUUGGUCAAGGUGAAACGACAAGAGGUCAGAAUGAAGUUGAAGAAAUCGCGCGAAGGAGAAGUCAAGGAAGACGAGCCAAAGAAAGACAAAUGA